GGACAAUCCAACAGAUCUGGCAUCUCCUCUGUAAUGCUGAGAAGAUAGGUCCACCCUUUAGCUGUCUCACAAGUUGGAAUACUAUUUUGCUCCAGUGGGAUGCGUUUUCCUGUGUUCUGGGACCAGAUGAAAAAUACACAGUAGAUAAACAUGAAGAAGAUGUUUUGAAAGUUUCUUUUUGAGAUCAAGUUGAAAAAAGAAAAGAUGGAAGGAAAAAAGAGAAAAACUCCCUGUCCCUCCUCUGCUGGAUAUGAUACAGACAGUUGUAAGAAGAAACCACGACAAGGGAAGGAGGAAGAGUUAAAAGAAAAAAGGAAUAAGUCAUUACAAAAAAAUCAAGGGCAUCAAGCUAAGAUGUUUUCACAGGAGGGUGUUCAGGAGGAGCUACCAAGCAAAAGUGUCCCCAGCAAUUCUUCCUCCUAUCCUCUGCCUUCUUUUCUUUUUAGAAGAAGGCGUGUAGCUAAGGAUCAUCGACAACAACGUCAACAAUCACCCGAAUCAUCGGGCACCAGCAAAACAGAAGGUGAGGUAGGGGAGACAAGAGGCCAGGUUUUACGCACAGCCCAUGUUGUAACAAGCAGCUACCAUUAUCGCAGUCUUUCGUCAUGUUUCGAAACGUCGAGAUACCCCAGUCCACCACAACAAAGUUCUACCCUUCAAAGACCUUCCACAGAAAGAGUGUCAGGUCAUGGCAGCCCCAGGAUACAAUUUAACUGUCCUUCACUUUUCGACACUUCCAACUACUAUCCCGUCUCUGCUGGGUAUGACACAAGCAGCCAUAACAAGGAAGGUGACACUCUACAGGCAGACAAGGAAGACAAAAAUGAAUCAUUACACAAAUAUCAACAAAGUAGAACUUCCUCCUCAGACCCCAGUUCAGAACAAACACCCGCUGACUAUCAAAAAACAUGUGCUGACUAUCGAAAAACACGUGUUGAUUAUCUAAAAACACGUGCUGACUAUCGAAAAACAUGUGCUGACUAUCAAAAAACAUGUGCUGACUAUCAAAAAGCACGUGCUGACUAUCAAAAAACAUGUGCUGACUAUCGAAAAACACGUGCUGACUAUCUAAAAACAUGUGCUGACUAUCGAAAAACAUGUGCUGACUAUCGAAAAUCACGUGCUGACUAUCGAAAAACAUGUGCUGACUAUCGAAAAACAUGUGCUGACUAUCGAAAAACAUGUGCUGACUAUCGAAAAACACGUGCUGACUAUCAAAAAACACGUGCUGACUAUCAAAAAACACGUGCUGACUAUCUAAAAACACGUGCUGACUAUCGAAAAACACGUGCUGACUAUGGAAAAACAUGUGCUGACUAUCUAAAAACAUGUGCUGACUAUCGAAAAACAUGUGUUGACUAUCAAAAAACACGUGCUGACUAUCGAAAAACAUGUGCUGACUAUAGAAAAAAACCUGCUGGCUUUCAAAAGAAACUUUCUGACUAUCAAAAGAAACUUUCUGCCUAUCAUAAACAAUUUCUUAACCAACAAAAACAAAACCUGGAAAUAACCCCGACUGUUGCCCCUCCAUGUCCACAAAACACACCCACAGUCCUGCAGGACCCAACUGUCUGCGCUGAAGGACGCAGAGUACAAGAUGCAUUUGAGUUUUUGUGUAUGCAGUAUGAAAAUGUACCAGUAGGUGACAGUGAUGCUCUGGUGGAAAUAGACACACCUGUUACAGCUGUGAACUACUCAGUCACAAACACCCUGCCAGCCCAUUCUCACCUCCUACAAUCCCCAGAAUGCUUUAGAAGCAGGAGAGACUCCAGCUGCCUGCCUCGCUCUCGCAGCCUGCCUUCACUGAGUCAGAUAACGUCUGCAAAGAACAAGAGCUUAAGACGAGCUGAAAGCUUACCUGACAUGCUGUUAACAAACAGCUUUGAGGAGUUUACACCUGAAAUGACUGCUGAGGAAAACGAUGAAACCUACAGGUUCCAGUGCUCCUGCCCAGGCCUGUACCAGUGCAGUGUGACAGGCCUGGUGUUUCACAUGGAGGGAGAAGGGGACGUGGUUUACAGGAUUGUCCCUUGGAACAGGAGGCUACUGGCCCAGCAUCACAAGAAGCCUGCAGGACCCCUGUUUGACAUCAAGUGUCUGCAGCAGUCUGUGUGUCAGCUUCAUCUCCCACACUGUGAGAUCCGCUCCACAGGUGGAUGUGAUUUCUUGUCAGUUGCUCAUGUGAACGAUGAGGGCAUUGAGUUUAUCAGCCCUCACAAGGUAACAGAAACUCAUGUUAUUAUAAACAUCACAGGGUUUUCUGCUUUCGUAACGUCAAGGAUGAAGACUCACCAGCUGACCCGGUCCGAGCGCUGGUUCUGCUGUUCUACAGGCCCCAGAUGA